AAAGCCGGUAUUCUUAAUGUUGCUGCUGGGACACUAAUGUUGCUGCCAUAACGCUAAUAUAGUUAGCUGCGUGUUCACAUUUUCUAACUAAUCUAAAAUAUGUGCCAUUUACUACGCAAGAUUUGAGCCAUACCGAUAGUUUGCUACACCUUCUCCAUAAAACUGCCUUUGAUCAAUCGUAUAGUUGCAAGCCAUGAGUUCCAACAACGUUUCCCUGUCAAAAGCUGAAUUGGUGGCAGCCAUCGGCGUGACUGCAGGAGCUACAGCUGCGGGCAUCCUCCUCUUCCAGUACUUCUCCAAGGGGUCAGGGGUCAAGCCCAAGGUCAACCUGGACCUGCAGAAAGACGACCCCAAAGUGGUGCAUGCUUUUGACAUGGAAGAUCUCGGGGACAAGGCGGUGUACUGCAGGUGUUGGAGGUCCAAGAAGUUUCCCUACUGCGAUGGCGCUCAUGCUAAACAUAACGAGGAGACGGGGGAUAACGUCGGUCCCCUCAUCAUGAAGAGAAAGGAGGCCUGAACAAUCAAUCAUCCAUCCAUUUGAUUCCAUGACUGCCGCUGCUAACAUACGGACGCCAACAAGUGCUCUUCACUACAGAAAGGAUGGCAGAGGUUUACUUAACACGUGUACACUUGGUAUUUACUCCGAAAUUAAACGGUAACAGUCAUUACGUUACUCUGUUAAUAACCAAAUAAUCACCAUUUUUGGUUGUAAUUUAUUGAUUGAUCGAAGCAACACUUAUCACAGGACCAAACAGUUAUACAAUAUUGUUGAAAUGACUUGUAAUAAUACCUAGAAUGAUGGUAGAUAAUUUCAGUGUGAUUAUCGAGGAAACAGGGCUGUGAAUGUACUGUAAUAUAAAGUGCAGGGCUGGUUGUGUUUAUUUAAUUGAGCUUUGGUCUCUGUGCGUUAUGUGAUUUUCAGAAUGCAAUGACUUGCUUGUAUGUUUGAUCAAUGUCUGCCUUCCUGUAUUUUAUUUUUUAUAUAUACCAUAGAGAUGUAUCGACAUCACAACGCUGUAUCCGUCCCAUUAUGGCGUCUGUGUUUAAGCAUGGGCAGCGCCAUUGAGGCCAUCUCCAUUUUGAAGUAGUUAAUUUUCUUCUUCUACUACUUCUAUGAGUUAGUAAACAAACUGAAAGGGUGUAUAUACUCCCAUCUGGAGGGUGUUGUUUGAACAGGUAAAAAGUCCAGGUUGGUGAUUUUACUGCCACCUGCAAUUCUGGAAUGUUUACUCCCGAGUAUAAUUCAUUGGCUGAUCCUUCCUCAUGACUUGGAUGGAAUUAUGUGAUCCUUCCUUAACCCAUAGGAAGUCGACUACUUCAAAAUGGUGAAAGUCCUCAAUGGCGCUGCCCAUGCUUAAACAGGCUUUUGGAAUACAAGAGUCCUCUAUCAUACUGUAUGGUUGAUACUCAGGAGUUUUUCCUGACCACGGGACCUGAUCAGGGAUAUCUCUGGACCUUUUUAUUGGAAGCCAUAACUAGGUACUUUACAUAGUUGUAGUCCAUAUAACCAUAACUAGGGCCCAGAGUUUUUCCAUGGUCAGGUCAUGUGGUUGGGAAAAACGUCUGGUCCUACUGAAGCGUUGUCAGGGAAACGGUGUGGUUUGAUUUGAUUGUUUUGAUUCAACUUGUGGAAUCAAAUUGUGUAAAUGUUGUCAAUUUUCAAUGGAUGUGGGAGAUAAAGGUUCUGCAGGUUUCUUAGUUGGAGAUGAAUCAUUGGGAAGGAUUGCUUUGUUGGCCAACGUGUGUUAACGUUGAAGCAACAAGUCUAAACUUGUUCUAUACUACAUACCAAUUGGAUUCCUGGGUUGUGUUCAGUAGGCAAGAAACAUUUGUGGAAUGUAGUGAAACUAGGAGGUAGCCGACUUGAACAUGAUAAAUACUCAGUUUUGUUUUUAAAAAGGUUUUGCUACGGUUUACCCUACUGAACACAGCCCUGUACUAAACACAUUUAGUAGCUGAAUCUGAACUUUUCAUGCAGCACUUCUGCCAACCAGCUCAUUCAUUCACACCCAAGGGGUGCACAUUUUGGUUUUUGCCCUAGCAUUGCACAGCUGAAUCAAAUAAUGAACUUAACAUCAAGCUUAGAUUAUUUUAAUAAGCUUUGUAGUUCCAGGACAAAAAAAAGGUAAGAAUGUGUAGGUAGUGUGUACUGUCUGUGUGACCUCUGAUUUCCACAAUAUGUGAUUUAAUCCAAAUCCAUCACUUAUCUAUCAAUAAAAAACCAAUAUCGAUGUUCA